AUGAUCAUGCCAAAUACUCUACCAGGCAAAUGCUGCAUGACUAUGUCGAGUGCAACUGAUUACUGUGAUGCAGUCUAUACAUGGUGCACCUACUCAUAUAGCGGAAACUCCAAGUAUUUUAUGUGUCCCUUGCCUUCAACCUGCGAUGAUGUGGUUAGUGUGAGUGACAAUCAAUGGUAUGUGAAAACUAAGACCUUGUAAGAUGGGGAGAUGUGCGUGCACAGAAUAAAAUAUGAUACAAUACACAUGGAUGAGACAAUCUAUGAAUUAGGAGAUCUUGCAGGUGACACUACUUUCAGGUAUGCUGAUAUUUACACCAAGGGGCUUGCUAAUAUUGAAGUGAGAGUAAGAGUCACUUCCAGCUCUGCUUUUAUCAAGGCAUUUUAUUUGCAAAAGUAUGUGGAAACUCCUCCAACUUCACCAGGAACAUUCAAUAUCCUUGGACUUGGAACUCAAUAUCCUCUCACUAUCAAUAGUCCUUAUAUUACUGUAAUGAUCUAUACUAAUGGUGGUCCAAGCAUAUAUACUUUGGAAUAUGGAAGAGUAGAUGAAAGAGAUUAUUAAUCUAAUGCUUACUACUAAACAAUAUAUCCACUAUUGAUAGCACUAGCAUUAAUAGUAAAUACACUGAUAUGA